CGACGAUGCGCUUCUUUUUUAAGCCGGGAGGACACUAGAGAGUUCCCACCGGAAGUUUACAUUCAUCGACCGCACAUUUGUGUUCUCUUCAAAUAAUCAUGGCAUCACUUAAAAGAGGAUCAGAUGAAGACUCAGAAGGGACAGUUUGCAAAAUGUCCAGAAAGGAUGACAACACAGAUGAUGAUGGACCAAGAUCUAAAACUGGCAGAAUCCGGAAAAAGUCUGCUAAAGUUCUUGAAAUGGAGGAAUUUGAAGAAGCAGAAAAAAAACAGUUUACAAAAAAGUCAGACACAAAAGGGAAAAUCACAGCAGUUCCAGUCAUGUCAGGGUCAAGUGCAAAAAAGAGUAAAAUAAAAUUUGUUAUGGAAGAACCAGGAAUGCCAGGCUCUGCAGCUAUCACAGCUGUCCCUAAUGAGACAUUUGCUCCAAAUAUCAUCCUACAGAGUCCUGUUGCAUCAGAUUCUGUGUCUCUUAGUCCACUGAAAUCUGGCUCUAAACAGGCUGUAGCUACAAAGAUAAGAGAUGGCCAAGGUAGUGUCAUCAAACUGCUCCUCAGUUCACCUGCAAUGCCAACCCCGCCAUCAGUGACAACCAGUGUUCUUACUAAGACCUCACCUCCCACAACAGUAAAUGCAGCUGAUGUUGGCACUCCAGCACAUGCGAUACCAAGCAAGAAAAGUGUACCUAAACUUAAAACAGAACCUCUAAUAAAGCAAGAGAUAGGAUUACCAGCUCACACUGAAGGAACAUCAUUUCUAAAAGUUGAACCAAUGGAGACAAGUCAGACACACCUUUUGUUGGACACCACUCUGACACAAGAAAUGGUAAGAUCACCACAAAUCAACAUAAAAUCAGAACCUGGUCCUCCAAAGAACACAUCUGGGAGCUUGAAGAUGAAACUUAUGAUGUCUCCAAAAGACUCUAAAACUUUUGAAUCUAUCUUUCCAACCUCUGUGCCCAUUCCAAACAUCUUUGGGAGCCAUGAUGAAACAGAUGGAGAGAUAGACUCAGCAGAAACUAACAAUGCUCCUAAGACAAAAUCAGGACUAAAGAAGAAGAAGUCAUCUAUAGCAGGUGAGAAACUACAGAAACAGCCCAAAAAGCAUCAAACAGCAGCACAGCAAAUGCCUAAUCUUGCAGCUCUCGUCACUGGAGGCAAAGCAAGAAAAGCAGCAGUGAGCACAAGGAUGAGAUAUGAAGGAUCUUCAGCACCACCUGAGGGAGAUAUUGCUGCCCUGGCUGCUAAAGUUCAAGGCAGUGGAAUCUCUAAUGAUACAGCAGAGGCCGUGGAGCUCUUCUUGGAGCAGGUUGCUGCUGUCACCACAAGCAACAAUAACAGUGAUGAUCAUAGUCGAGUGAAAGACAAAGAAAGAGAUGUUAAACGUGCAAGUCGAAUGAUCAUCCCUCCUGAGUGCAAGUGUCAUUUAAAUAAUGGUCAGCCAUGUCACACUCGGUUUUCUGUGGGUGAACUAAUGGAUACAAGAAUGCAUUACAUGACAAUAUCCAAGAAAGAGUUGGACAUAGCAGUGCUUGCAAAGCUUGAAUGUGGUAUUCACUUGUCCAGAAUGACUACCAGAAAGAAGCGAAAGCCCACAGAAAGAAAAAAGCACCGUACAGACUUUUAUCAUCAUGGAUAUCGUAUAUGCAAUCUCAUGUUUGUAUAUCUUCAUGGUUUCAGUUACAAGAAGCUCAAAGCUUUGGUGGCACAGUACAAGACCAAUGGGGUAAAAACAAGAAUUCACAAAAACCUCAAACCCAAACCUGAACUAGAAGAAAAGAAAUCAAAGAAGAAAAAGCCAAAAGCGAAACCUAGGCCUAAAAUGUCUAAAAAGACUUCUGUACAAAUAUCAAAGGUGGACAAAACUGGUUUGGAACAAAAGAAAGACAGAAAUCCACCACAACCCCAUUUCCUUAAUAUCUCUCAGCACAAAAGCAUGCCACAGCCAGCAGUACCACAUCCACCACCACCUCCGCCUUCAGCCCCAGUGACUUUUCCCUUGGUCAGCCAGAAUAGUCAUCCUCAUGCACCUACAUUUCCCAUUGCUGCCAAACACAACCCAUCCCCACCCUUCACUCACAGUGCAGCUGGCUAUAGCAACAAUCCUAUGUUCCCUCACCAUCCAUCUGUUUCUACUGGUCAUCCUCAUCAUCACCAUGACUACCAAAACCAAAGGGGAAUGAUCAAUCCACCACUUGAUUUUUCCAAUCAACGGACAAACCUCAGCAACUUUCCUGUGUUCCCAGGCUCCAAUCCACAGGAGACCUUUGCCAACAACAUCAAUUUGAUAGCAGGCACCACCGGCAAACUGCAAGAUCUUACCUGCUGUCCUUUAGGGUACCAGGGAGGGAGGUCAGUGGUGAGGUGGACAGAGGAAGAAUGCUUAAUGAAUGGCAGUGGUGCUAAAGUAAAUGUGCAAAUUAAGAGAAAUAACCUCACUUCUGGCUCAUUACUCUGCAUGUACUUUGCCCAGAUCAGCAGAACUCUCGGUGUCAUGUGGCAGUGUUUAUCCAAAAAAGAGAAAAUGAUGUGGCGACGCAAGUCAAAGAAGCUGGCAGGCAAAGGUUCCACUUUAAUCAGCACAGGUAAAGGAAUAAAAAAAGACACUUCUGCAACAGUGACAGCAGUUACCCCUACCUCUGGGCAUCAACCAGCAACUGCAAAAAUUUCUUCUGGUGGCAAGACAGUUAAAUCUGGGUCUACACCUGCUGCCCUGUCUAUGGAGGAUGCUCCAUUAAGCCCAGUGAAGGGUUUUGGCAUAGAACCAAUUGACAUUGCAGCCCACCUGAAACUGCUUGGAGAAUCUCUUAGCAUCAUAGGUAUGCGGCUUCAAGAACACAAGGGAUUGAUAGCAGUGCAAGGGAGCCUGUCUGUGCUCUUAGACUCUUUGCUUUGUGCUUGUGGACCAUUAAUAGCUCUCACUCAGCAAAUCCCUGGCCUGGAUGGAUGCUCCGAGUCAACGCACGCUCGCACAUUGGAUAGUGUGGCUUAUAUUAUGCCUGGCCUUUAGUCCUUGGUAGAUAGUAUCAGAUAUCUGCAGACUGGAAAGGGCAUAGAGGGCGAUUUUCUAGUUGUUUGAUUGCAUAAUUGAAUCUUUCCUUUGUUGUUUCUACUUUCAUUACUCCAUUUUUUUGUUAAAGCUACAACUGGUUUAAGGAAAUAUUUAGACUACCUGAAAAUAUGUUUUUAUGCAAAGUUGUCUUGCUUUAGCAAUUCUGUAAGCAGUGAUCUUGGUUUUUUUUUUUUAAUUUUGUAAGGGAUCUUCUGUGUUAAUAUGCUACAACGUAAAUUGUUAUACGAAGAGCCACAAGUGCAUGCUUCCAAACAGUUAUAAAUUGCACAGUAAACAUGCAGUACAGUAGUGAGGUUACACAAACAAUAAGUAAUAACAUUUCAUGUACAGAUUUUUUCCAAUAAACCACAGUAGUGUUAUUGCUUUCUAUAGAAAACAGUGCAUGUUUCACUGUUUUAUUUUUCCAUGUUUUAGAUCUGACAUCUGACUGCCCAUAUUUUCUAUUACUAUUAGAGAAGUUUUGUUUAAAAGUUGGCUAUAAUGCUUUUAAGGCAGGACAAGUUAGUGCAUUAUUUCCAUCAUUUGUUGUUUAGUGGUUUACCAUUUCACAUUUAUUCAUUCAUUUAAACAAAAUAUCCAUAAAUGUGUUCAACGUUUCAUGCAAAUUAGAUAAUAAUGUUUGCAUGCAGAGCGUGUGUAGUCAUGUAUGGAACGCGACAAACACACAUAAUGUUUUCAGUCUUUUUUCAACUAAAGGGGCCGAGCAAGUCUUUACACAUUUUUUUUAGAUAAUGGUCUAGCUAACGAGCAAAUGGGGAUGGACUUAACACGAUGACAGCAUUUUGCGGCGAGAAAUAGAAGCCGAAGUACACUGUCAUAGUUACUGACACUUCUCACUAGAAGAUGUAUGUCCUUGUUGAUCUUUCCAACUUGUAGCGCUAUCAUACAUCUGAAUAUAGAGCAGAGUUUUUUUUAUAUUUAACUCGGGAUUUAAAUGAAUAUCGAAUCUGAACGUCGAAUAUGGAUGGCAGUCUGAACGAGGGCCUAAAGAUAAACACGAAUAGGCCUACCCUGCAAUAUAAUAGCAUUGUCCUUUCAGGCUUCAUGGCGACAUGUCGCUAGCACACGAACAGUGAUUCCUGUCGCAUUCUUCGCUUAGUGGUUCUCUUUACGAAAUUCCGAGUGAAGCAUCCAACAUGCUGCUUCUCAGGCGUUAGGACUUACAACUCAGCAUGUACACUCAAUGUAUAAAGGCUCGAGUCGCUGUUCCUUUAUUCACACCGUGCCACAGACUGGUUCACGGUACAUCCUUGCACAGAAUAAACACCAACCUGACAGUCGUUGGAUCUUUAACCAUGUCACCAGGUUAAUCUAUGAUAAGCGGAUGAUUUUUUUUAUAAAAGGAAAAUACAUUUUUUCUUGUCUGGAGUCUAAAUGUGGUUUCUAACACAGACUUUGGGACACUUCGAAGAUUUGACGGCUUCAGCACCUUCUUCAGGUAACGGCCUUAACAUCUCACCAGCAACGGUUCAGAGUUGCCAAUUCCGUUUCCACAUUAUCCUUUUUCAUUCUCGGUUCUAAAUUUGCAAAACCACGGUUUUUGCUAGAUAUCACAGCGUUGAUCCCAUCUUGUGACUUGCUUUUCUCGCGCUUGAACCUGGAGAGUACAUCCUGUCUUUCACUGUCACUGCCAUUUCAGCUUGUGUUUGGAUUUUGCCAUGCGUUUUGAUAAUAUAAUUAUCGUGUCAGUAUAUUUUUGUUAACCUUUUCUAUAUUUUCAUUAUUGAGAUUACAGUCCCAUUAUUUUAUCUUCUUUGUUAAGACUUAUCUGACUUCUUUCCAACUCAUCUGUAACUUGUUCUCCAUGUUGGAUAAAAGCACCAACACUUAAACUUUCUCAGCUUUUCCCUCUUAUAAAAAUAGGUUUAUUUUUCCGUUUUUGUUUUCUUUUUCUUUUUCCUGGCCAACGUGCAGGUGUCUUCGAUUGUUUCGCAGAUCCAAGGCAUGCUAGAAUGUUGUUCACUUAUCAUUUUGUUUCUUUUUAGUGUACAACUUUGCAAAGGCCUGCCAUAUAAGAACUGGGAAAGGGAGAAUUUGAAUGACAACCAACGUACCCCUCACACGACGGAAAGGACUGUCGGGACAAACCUAUCCCAUUCCUACAGUUCUCUCUAUCACAAGUGCCUUAACAUAUUUUUAACAAUGCUAUUGACUUUCUCAACUAAACCGUUUCCUAACCUGGUCUUGGUCCCUUGAUCGACAAAGUUAACUUGCCUAACCGUCUCCCGCGAACUGUGGGGCGGUCUGGUGGCGCACCGGUUACCGCAUGUCACCACUACAGUGAAGGUUGGCUGUACUGGGUUCAGCUCUCGUCUCGGGCACGCUGUUCUUUCUCUGCAUCUGACAUCUGUUUACAGGGCUGACUACCUUGCCGUGACAUAGCCUUAGUUGCUGGCUCGGCGUAAAACACCAAUCGCUCCCUUCUCCCGUGAACUGUGAACCGCGGUCAGCAUUUCUUUCGGGACACUUGGCAGGGUCUGUAUAGAUUACCACAUAUCUUUCCCUUCUUAAGAACGCGCACGGUAUGAAGUUCCAUUUUUCCUGAAGUAUGAGGUAAUUAUUUUUUCUUCUCCACUUGUGCCUUGGGCCUCUUUCUCAUCUAGCUUAGGUAUUGCUGGGGAGAGGAGUUUUCCUCUAAACUCUCCCUAAUUUAUCUGCAUCAUGCUGCCUAAUAGAGGCUGUGACAUAUACAACCGAUUGUCUACCUUGUUACUGUCACUCUGAAGAGCAUACUCUCCUCACGUUGUAAACCGAGAGAUUUCUUCAGUCCUGUUGGUUUCAGAUGAGAACCUUGCAGAAUCUUUUCACAUAAUUAUAAUAGUAUUGUGGUUUUUAGUGCGUUUACGCCAUUACAGUCGCACGAAGAAUACAGUUGUUGCAGCAAAUUUUAAAGUGGUUAGAGGGUUACAUCAUGUUUAAGUUUGGAACGGACAACUGGAAUAGCGCCCCCUUGUAGUGUGUGCGUGGACUGGGGUGGUGAGAAUGUCGAUCUUUGAAUUUUGAUUGAGAUAGGUGCGGCACGUGCCAGUGGUUAGAAAACUCACUGACCUCACCGCGCGCUGGUAGUUUAUGAACCUCCUUGUUUUGUACUCGCAUUCCCUAUGGGGCGCCAAAAUGAUGCAUUUUAUGUUUAUACAAUUCAAUUCUAUAAUUAUAGAUUGCAUUCUAUAGUUAUACAUUGCAUUCUAUACUUAGAGAAUGCAUUCUAUAGCUAGAGAGAGACAAACUCGGUAAAAACCAAAGUAUUUCAUUUAUAUUAUACUCAGAAGUUGUUAUCCAAUUCAUUUUACAUAUUCAAUUCCAUUCUGUAGCUAAAGGAUGCAUUUUAGCUAUACAGUUCUGUUAUAUACAGAUAGAAUGAAUUCUGUGAGUUGAAAUGUAUGCGGAACAAGGCUGGCUCAUUUGCAUAUGGGGCAAGAUCGAAUGAGUCGUUUGACCUCUACUUGGAUGAUAUUAAUAAUUAUGUUCGAGGGACGAAUUUCAGUAACUUGUUUUGUUAGCAUGUAAUGUCUUCGGAGGGAUGAUUCCCUCGUAUGGAGUUUCGAACCAUAUAUGUUGGUUGUUAACAGGAAAUAAUUGUGUAGUUUCUUUCUGGGUCUGCAUCCUUAUUGCUGAAACAUUGUGGUAAAUAGAUAUUUUGCAUUAUCUCUCAGUGUUUAAUACAAUUUUUUUUUUAUCUUGUGCUGAUAUAAAGAAAAGUACCCAUUCUUGGGCUAAGCAAUACGGAAACCCCA